AUGGGAAAGAAGAAAGGAGCACCCGGUGUCCAAAGAAAUGCAAGUUUGAAGGAAGGUCACACCAUCUCGCAUAAGGUUAUAAAAGAGGAGGAGGAGGAGGUUGGUGUUAUGGAGUUUUCAGAAGGACACAGAGAUCCCUUCAAGCACAUCAAGCUGGAGCCAUUCAGUGACACAAACCCACCAGAGAGAUGUCCCCAUCCACUGGAUUCCCGGGAUUCUACACAGGAAGAUCACACCAUCCCUCACCAUCAUCAGGGUGAAGAACAGAUUAAUAUAAAAGCUGAGAUUAAAGAGGAAGAAGAAGAGAUGUAUGUGGGGGCUGAUCAGCCGUCCAGGGCGGAGGUUGGGAUGAUUCUGAAGAGUGAACAGGAUGAAAUGUCUCCACCUAUCAACACAAAUGGAUGUGAUGUGAGGAAUUCCUCGGAGAGACAUCUUCUAUUAUCUGCUGAUUGUAAGUCAGAAGAUAAUGUCAUCACACAGGAUCCUCCAGGAGGAAAUCCAAAUACACAAAAUAUACAUCACAGACCUUCCUGUCCGGAGACAUCAAUGGAUCCCUCUGAUCAGGGGGAAUCUUCUCAUCAAUCACCUACUAUGAUUGUAAAUAUCCAUGUAAGAUCUCACACUGCAGAUAGAUCAACAGAUCCUUCUAAUCCCGAGGAAUCUUCCUCACCCCAUGAAGGAGAUCACCGAGGUGACCAUCUAUUCUCAUGUUUGGGGUGCGGGAAAUCUUUCGAGACAAACUCUGAACUCCGUAUCCAUCUCCGAUCUCACACCCGUGUAACUCUUACGUGUUCAUACUGCGAGAAAUCUUUUAAUCAGGAAAGCGAAUUUCUUACACAUCAGAGACUUCACAAUGCUGAGAAUCCUCAUAUAUGUUCAGAGUGCGGGAAAUGUUUUACUGAAAAAGAUGAGCUGCUUAUACACCGGAAAGGUCACAUCAUUGUGCGUCCGUUUUCGUGUGCAGAGUGCGGGAAAUGUUUCACUGGUAAAAGGCAACUUCUAACGCACCAGAGAGUUCACACAGGCGAGAGACCAUUUAUAUGCAAAGAGUGCGGGAAAAGUUUCACUGAGAAAAAAUGCCUUAAUUCACACCUGAGAGUUCACAUUAAUGAGCGCCCUUAUUCAUGUUCAGAGUGUGGGAAAUGUUUCAGCCAGGAAAGAACCCUUGUUGAACACUGGAGAAUUCACACAGGUGAGCGUCCCUAUUUAUGUUCAGAGUGCGGGAAAUGUUUCAAUCAUAAGAGAGACUUUGUUAAACACCAAAAAACUCACACGGGCGAGCGUCCCUAUUCGUGUUCGGUGUGCGGGAAAGGUUUUGUCGUAAAAAGUGUACUUCUAUCACACCAGAGGAUUCACACGGGCGAGCGUCCUUUCUUAUGCACAGAGUGCGGGAAAAGCUUCACUCAGAAAGGAAGCCUGACUAUACACCAAAGACUUCACCAAAGCGAGCGGCCUUUUCCUUGUUCGGAGUGCGGGAGAUCUUUCAUUGUAAAAGCCAAGCUUCUUGCCCACCAGAGGAGUCACACAGAGAAGAGUCUAUUUUCUUGUUCAGACUGCGGGGAGUCUUUCAGCCAGAGAGCCCAGCUACUUGCUCAUCAGAAAAGCCACACGGGAAAACAUCCUUUUCCCUGCCCAGUGUGCGGGAUAUGUUUCUCUGACAAGGCAAAUCUUAAUAGACACCAGAUGAGUCACACGAGUGAGCGCCCCUUUGCAUGUUCAGAGUGCGGGAAAAGUUUUACGCGUAACGAAAAUCUAAUUAGACAUCAAAGUACACACACCUGAUGAGACUGUUAAUAAAUGUAGCCAGGUUCGUGGCUACAAAUGAGAGAAACACUGGCUGCAGCUGCUCUCUGUAGCUGCUGCCCUGCGGUGCUGAACUGGUUAACAGCUAUUUCAGCAAAAGGAGUUGGCUGUUGAGCAAAAAGAGUUUGAUAGACUGAGUCAGGCAGCAAUGCACAGUGGGAAUUGUAGUCCUGAGGAGAGACUCUCCUCUGUAGCCAAGAACUUUUGAACUACAUUUCCCAGAGAGGAGAUUUCUGCACAGGACACCACUUUCUCUUGUCGUGAGGGAGACCUGAGGGUACACAUUGCUGCAUAGUGUGCCCCAGCACUUUUGCAUAUCUGUGGCCUGAGCGAGAUCCAGAGUGCUGAGUUCAGGAAUACCGACAGCCAGAGUCACCUGGGUGCAGAGCAGAGAGUGGACUAACCGCUGUAUGUGACCGGAUGAUGAGCUGCAAUAUUACUGGGACUGGUGAGCUGUGGGGAUUUACUUUCUGCUGCUGGAGAGAUUAAGCCCUUGUGUAACUGCCAUCUAGUAGCCUUAUUGCUGCCUGUGACUAUUCUCCUGUGCACCCUGAGUACAACUGGGCCCCAACACUAGCCGGUUGAAGAGUUAGGUUUAACGCCUGAACCUUUACAGCUGCUACACAGAUACCUUUUACAUAUUGCUUACAUAUUGCUUAUGUUAAGAGGUACACUAUAUUACCAAAGUUAUUCAGAUGCCUGCCUUUAUACACACAUGAACUUUAAUGGCAU